AUGGACAUAGAUUUCGUGUUUUGGAACCUGGUUGGGCCGGUUCUGCGGUUUCCUAUCUGCUUAGCAGUGAUUAUAAGCACAUUCACAAAUCUGGAUCUCGAGAAGACAUACUUACCCCUGGUGGGAUUCUCAACAGUCUUGAGUUUUGGUGUAUGGUUGAACGGACGGUUUAAGACUCGAGGGAACUGGGUGCCACUCGAUCAGAUGAAAAAUGCUACUUGCGUGGUAACAGGUGGGAGUAGUGGUUUGGGUUUGGCAUUGGUCAAAACAUUGUUGUCCAGAUUCAAGAAUGCAAAGGUGGUCAUCGUCGAUAUCAAUACUCCGCAAAUCGCGGAUCCACGACUGACGUUUUAUAAUUGCGACCUGAACAACCGUCUGGGAGUGGAACGAACACUCUCUUUGAUAAAAAAAAGCCACACCAAGGUUGACGUGCUUAUCAACAAUGCCGGUGUCAGAUCCAAAUAUAAGACCUAUCAGACUUUGCAAAGAGAAGAGGUCGACCAGGUUUUCCAGAUUAACGUAUUUGCACCCAUGCGAUUCAUUCAAGAACUCAUCCCGAAGGACCCUGCAAAAUGCCAGUUUUAUUGCGUUACGGUUGCCAGUGCCUUGGGGGUCUGUCCUCCUGCUCAUGCGUCGUGUUACGGGGCUUCUAAAGCCGCCUCAAUUGCUUUCCACGAGGCGUGGACUCAAGAACUUCGACCUGGAGACAAAAUAAGAACCUUGCUAGUAACCCCCGGCCAACUCUCCACUAAAAUGUUUGGCGGUUUUGUGCCUCCGCAACAGUUUUUUGCACCUCUCGUCCAGCCGGACGAGCUGGCUCGGGUCAUAGUGGAGAACUGUAGAAUCGGAGCGCGUGGUGAAAUCAGCGCUCCACUAUAUGCUAACUUUAUGGGACUGAUGAGAGUAUUUCCCUAUAUUUUGAAUCACUAUGCUCGCAGAUUAUCAGGAAUUGACAGCAGCCUGCCUAGCGCGGAACCGCACUAA